AUGGAGGUAUAUGUGGAUGACAUGCUGGUGAAGAGCCGGACUCAGGAGCAGUUCAUCUGCGACAUUCGGGAGAUCUUUGGCGUACUAAGGAGCUCGCGGAUGCGGCUAAACCCCAAGAAGUGCACUUUCGGGGUUAGGUCGGGCAAGUUCCUUGGGUACAUGAUAUCUAAGGACGGAGUAAGAGCUAAUCCCGACAAGGUAAAGGCUAUCAUGGAUAUGGCUCCUCCCCGAAGCAUAAAAGAGGUCCAACGGCUGGCGGGCAGAAUGGCGGCCCUAAACAGGUUCUUGUCCAAAUCUGCAGUUCGGGGUUCCCCUUUCUUCAAAGCUUUGCGAAGAGGGCCUCAGUUUGAAUGGACCCCCGAGUGUCAGCAAGCGUUUGACGAACUAAAAGCCCACAUCACUCAGUUGCCAUCCUUGACCUCUCCCGCGCAAGGAGAAGCCUUAUUCAUCUAUCUGGCGGUAGGGGAGGAGGCAGUCAGUGCGGUUCUAGUUCGGGAAGAGGGCAAAAUCCAGAAGCCCGUAUACUAUGUCAGCCGGGCUCUGCAGGGCGCGGAGCCAAGGUACACCUCGAUUGAACGGUAUGUUCUGGCAUUAGUUCACGCGGCCCGAAAGCUCAGGUCGUAUUUCCAAGCUCAUCCCGUGAUAGUGAUGACCGACCAGCCUCUCAAGCAAAUUCUUUCGAAACCCGAUGCCUCGGGAAGAAUGGUGAGGUGGGCUGUGGAGCUGUCCGAGUACGAUCUCAGCUACCAACCCCGCACGGCCAUUAAAGCCCAAGCAUUAGCAGAUUUCAUAGCCGAAGGAAUUUCCUUUGGGCAACAGGAAUCGCAGGCCGAGCAGUCCAGAGACACCAUAGACGCAGCCGAGGCCGAGCAGGCCAGGGAACCUGCCGAGGUCAUACAGGCCACAACGGAAGCCACGGACGAUCUGAACGGAAACGCAGCGGAGGCCGAGCAGGUCAGAAAAGCUGUGAAAUACGAGCAGGCCGCGGGAAAGGUAGGUCAGUCCAUUCCGACCUGGACGCUGUUCGUGGACGGGUCGUCAAGCCAGGAAGGAUGCGGAGCAGGACUUCUCUUGACCAGCCCCAUGGGGGAUGAAUUGGCCUACGCCCUAAGGUUUGAUUUCAGGGCCUCCAACAACGAGUCCGAGUACGAGGCCCUGGUCGCGGGGAUGGUGAUAGCUCGAAAGUUGGGGGCCGAAUCAAUAGAAGUCUACAGCGAUUCGCAGCUGAUAGUAAAUCAGGUAGGGGGAAGUUAUGAAGUCAAGGAGGAGCCACUAAGAAGGUACGUCGCAAAAGUGCAUGAGCUGAGAGCUCAGUUCAAAUUGUUCACGCUCAAGCAGGUCCCGCGAAGCCAGAAUAAGAGGGCAGACGCACUGUCCAAGCUCGCCUCCACCUCAGUGGGCACAUUGAACAAAAAGGUCUUGGUGGAGGUCGUCAGGAAUCGGGCAUAUGAUCAGGUAGAUGCGGCCGUUAUUCAAGUAGUGAGCUCCUGGAUGGAUCCCCUCGUGCGAUACCUGGCCAAUGGAGAGCUCCCCUCAAGUCGGGUGGAAGCACGACGGAUCCUUCUCAAGUCGCGGGGAUACGAGCUCUCGAAUGGGGUACUUUACAAAAAAUCAUACCUGCGUCCAUGGUUGAGGUGCGUAACUCCGGAGGAAGGAGACUAUAUCCUGCGUGAGCUGCAUGAGGGUAUCUGCGGGAAUCAUGUCGGACCAAGAGUUUUGGCCAAAAAAGGAAUGUUGUCUGGAUAUUACUGGCCCACUAUCUUCUUGGACUCAGCCGAACUGGUAGCUCGGUGCAAACCCUGCCAGCUGCACGCUCCGAUCCACCACGCCCCAACUCAGGAGAUGGUGCCUCUUCAGAGCCCUUGGCCUUUCUUCCAAUGGGGGAUAGACUUGCUGGGUCCGUUCCCUCGAGCUCCUGGAGGCUAUGAGCACGUAGUGGUGGCGGUGGAUUAUUUCACCAAGUGGGUGGAGGCCGAGCCCCUCACCACCAUUAGCAGCAGGUCGGUUCAGAAAUUUCUCUGGAGAAACAUCGUUUGUCGAUUUGGUAUACCUCGGGUCCUAGUCUCAGACAAUGGGCGACAGUUCGCGGACAGUUCUCUCCAAGGUUGGUGCACGGAGCUCGGAAUCCGGCAACACUUCACCUCGGUGGGUCAUCCCCAAGCCAACGGGCAGGUCGAAAAUGUUAACAGGACUAUCCUGCAUGGUUUGAAGACGCGGAUGGAGUCCGCUCGAGCUGGGUGGCUGGACGAGCUGCCCACCAUACUAUGGGCCUACCGAACCACUCCCCGAACUGCCACUCAGGAGACUCCUUUCGUUCUGACCUAUGGAGCAGAGGCUGUGAUUCCUGCAGAGAUAGGUGUUCCUUCGAACAGGGUGCAGAACUUCAUAGCUCAGGACAAUGAAGAUGAGCUGCGUCUUAACCUGGAUUUGCUGGAAGGAAGGAGAGAAGAGGCGGCUAUACGCAUGGCUAAGUAUAAAUGA